GUGAGGCAUUUCAAAAGUAGGAGUUUUCUUAGCGUAUCGUGCAAUCUUACAUCGUAAACAUUAACCUAGAAAUACCUAGAUCUAGUCAUAUUUGAAUUCUACUCAAAUGACGUUAUUGCUUUGGAAAACUAGUACAAAAAUGGCUUUUUUCUUUUGGAAUAUCACUAGCAAGUCCUUCACUUCCUUGGUCGGGAUCAACGUUCUGUUAAUGCUGCUUCUUAUCAAUUAUAACUUCACGUCAUUGACGGCAGUAAGGCCCAGCUUCGUCCGGCUGCAUUCCUACAAACACCAGCUGUCACAGACCACGUGCAGCGUCCAACUGGAGGCGGAAAGGGACUAUGCUGUGCUGGUUGGCACGGUGGGUGUCAUCAGCGAUGGAAAGAAUCCAGUGGCGGUGCUGUCCUGUCUAAAUACAUCCUCAAACUACAUUUACACUGCCUGUAAAAUCCAGCUUGAUGUUCGCCAGUGUAUCGUGCUGGUGUACUACACCGGAUGUUACUGCGAAACUGCCAAUGCGGAUGUUUUGGGCGUUGUCAUGUCCAUCAAGGUCCACAUGGACUAUUUCAACAGUCCCUUUAUGCUCUCUUAUUUUCCAAACUACCCUAACCUGAGUUUUGAUGACGCGCACAGCAAUGUCAUCUACCUGCCGCAAAUUAUAGAUCCUGAAAUAGAUAACUGUUAUCCAGUAUGAUUCCCCUUCAGAGAUUUGGACACGGAGUGUGUCGUGACAGUUACGAGUGCCAUGUCCGAGAGAGAGUCGUUUAGAAGCAGCCUUGUUGACAUUGCAUCAUAUUGUCCUUGUUUUUAAUGUCAUAAUUAAUAAAAUGAACCCUAAAA